GAGUGGAACGAGUGGAAGAACGUUCUCGAGUGGGUCCUAUUGUCGGAAGGGGGCCACAACACGGCGCCGCACAUGGACAGUCACGGCUUUGCUACGUGGAUCACUCCCCAGGAAGGGUCUGUUGGGUUCGGCUGGAUGUCUUGUCCGACGGAGGAGGAGCGAAAUUCGUGGAUAGCCGACCCCCACUACUAUACAGGUGGC